CAUUGUGAAACAGACCCUAAAAGCUUUUUUUAUAAAAACUAUGAAUUUUAAAAUGUCUCGCACAAGUGCAACGCAAUUCGAAGUAAUUGUCGAUUUUAUGGAAAGGAAUGGGGACCUAAACAAGCCUGCCGAUGGACCCCACGGCAGGUUAAAUGCCAUAAAUAAGUGGGCUGACCUCACUCGUGUCCUCAACUUGGACACAACUGGCACGUCCAAGACUGUAGACAAGUGGAAAAAGGUGUGGAGUGACUUAAAAAACAAUACAAAGAGGAAGGCUGCAAAAAUUCACCGCGCUGCCGGUGGUACAGGUGGCGGUCCCGCGUGCAGGCUGGUGCUGACGGACCUGGAGCAGCGGGUGCUGGCUCUCACUGGUUCCCAGGCUGCUACAGGUCUUCUCAAUAUUGAAGAAGUUGGAGUAGAGAUUGACCAACUGACGUUUAAUACUGAGGCAACACCAGCGCCGCCGCCAGCACCGGCAGCAGCGGCGCCAGCGCCGCCUCCGCAGUCACCUACACCUUUCCAGUUAGAUGUGAGCCAAGUUGAGGACAUGAGUGAAGAUUGGGAUGGUCUAAGAGGUAUUACACCAUUUGUGGAGGUGACUGUACAUGGUGUAGAAUCGCCUACGGCCCAUUCUGCACAUGUGGGGAGCCCAAUACGGCCUGUCUUUGGACGAAGCCCAAGACGCCCUGUCGUCGGACGAAGCCCGAUACUUGCUGCCCCAAUGAGACCAAGGCGGAGUCCUAGGACAGGGCGUCGACGCGUGAUUCGUCCGAGGCAGUCCCGUCCUCGCCCACAAGACGCUGCAGCGUCCCAAUUCGUGGCGUGUGACGAGAGGUGGCAGAAGUUAUCAAGAGAGUUUGGCACUGAGCAUUUCAAUUUGCGGAAAAGAUAACUUGAGAUGCAGGCUCAGUGGCAAACUCUCUUUGCUAAGGCCAUUAAUGUAAUGGAUAAAUUUAUAAAUCAUAAAUGAUUGUUUAAAUACUUAUCCAUUGCAAUAAUGUCACCUUUUUUAUUUAUUUAGUAAGUUAAUGUAUAUAAUGUGUAUUUUCUUUAAUGGUGACAAAUAAAGUGUAUUGUGUUGUACAUAAAACAUUUAUUUUACAUUAAACAUUUAUUUUUCAUUCCUACUGGCUGAUUUAAAUUGGUUCAGUGACUGGACGUAGUAAGGCACGACACAGUGGCAUUGGACUGGGUUGAAACUAGCGUCCAUACGGGGUCAGUACCAA